AUGAUUAAAACUUGGUCAUCAUUUACUGAAGCUGUUACACAUGCUUUUGGAUCAACCAAAGCACAACAAUUAGCUUUUGAACAACUAAAAUGGUAUAAACAAACAGUUAAUCAAUCUAUUACUCAAUACUAUGAUAAAAUUAUAGAAGUAUGUAAAAAAGUCGAUUCUGCUAUGCCUGAUUCAUUAAAAUUAAAAUAUUUAAUGGUUGGUAUUAAAAAUUCAUUAAAAAUGCAUGUUACUUUACAAGAUCCAAAGACAACUGAUGUAUUUUUAUCGAUUACUCGAAGAGUAGAAGAUACAUUAUCCCUUACAAGUUCAAAUAAUGACAUGCAUCCAGAUCAUAUUACAAUAAAUGCUGUUACACAUCCAAAACCAUUAACACAACCAUUUACUCAACAAAAAUAUUCACCUCAUUCUCAGCAACCAUAUCGUUGUUAUAAAUGUGGUACUCCCGGUCAUUAUGCGUGGGAUUGUACCCGUACCCAUUUCGGAUAA